CAUUUGAAAUCAGGAACUCAACACUUGAGCCAUUGCACCACAGACUCGAUGACAUGAAAGUUUUGGAGCAUGUGCUGCAGUGCAGUGCGAGCUGAGGCUACAGAGCAGACGGUUUCAUCAGAGCCGUGCUGAGCUGGAGACGGUGCCGUUACUGGAUUGCUCAAUGCUUGUGUCACCAGGAGGCUGGACUGGUCGGGCGGAGUGUUUCAGCUCAACAUCACCGGGGAGCGCGCGCACACACUCGCACACACUCACUCACUCGCUGCCUCUCUGUGAGUGAGGUGCUCUCCCUCUCUCUCUCCCUCUCUCUCCUCUUCCCUCUCUGUCUCCUCUCUCUCUCUUUCACUCAUUCUUUCUCUCUCUCAGUUUGGACUCAGGGGAUUAGGAUUUUCUCACCACAAGUCUCCUCCAUUGAUUCACUCUCUUCAUUAAGAGGACGCGAGUUGGAUUAUUACCAAAGACGCACCGUCACCGAACUUUCAUUUACAUCUCAACUACGAUGAGUGUUUCCCAAACGGAGCGCACAGCGCGUACUGGUUCCAUUUAAAAGGACACCACCAUCCCGACAGCGACACCGCCACCUCCACCAGAACACAGUCCGUCGUCGGUCGCCUCCAUGGUGAAUCGUUCCACCAGGAUGAACUUGCAGUGGAGCAGCCCGGCACCUUGCAUCCGCGCCGUCAGAGUGGCACACAAGCGGCUGGACACGGACGAUCAGCCGCCGGCCAAAUGCGCGAGGCUGAGCGCGGAGGCGGGGGACACGCAGGGACUCCUCGGGACCUCUCCCGGAUCUCCGGGGAGCCCCGUGCCCAACAGCCCGACCGGGAGCCACCAGGGACCGUCCAGGAUAGGACCGUUCUUGCUGCUGCCUCUGACGGACAGGGAGGGCAUGCACAGCGCCAUGGACACCGACACAGGAGAGGAGCUACUGUGCAAGGUUUUUAAUAUGGGAGCCUACCAGGAAAAGAUCAGAGCCUACGGCAUCCUGCCUGCCCACAGAAAUGUGGCCGGUCUCAGGGACAUAAUUCUGGGUGAAAGCAAGGCCUAUGUGUUCCUGGACAAAGACUUUGGGGACAUGCACACUCUGGUGAAGAGCUGUCGCAGGCUGGACGAGGAGCAUGCCUGCAGGUUCUUCCGUCAGGUGGCUCUGGCCGUGACACACUGUCAUCAGGCGGGCAUCGUGCUGGGCGACCUGAAACUUCGCAAGUUUGUGUUCGCUGAUGAGAAAAGGACACAUGUGAGGCUUGAAAGCCUGGAGGACUGCCGCGUCCUGGAAAACCCAAACAACGACUCCAUGUCAGACACCCAUGGGUGCCCAGCUUACGUCAGCCCAGAAAUCCUCAGCGGCUCUGCGCCUUAUUCAGGAAAGAUGGCUGACAUGUGGAGCCUGGGGGUCAUGCUGUACACUAUGCUGGUUGGUCGCUACCCGUUCCACGACCCAGACCCAGCUACGUUGUUUUCUAAAAUCCGCCGAGGCCAAUGCUGUUUGCCAGAGGGCUUGUCGCCUAAGGCCAAGUGUCUGCUGCAGAGCCUUCUGAGGAAAGAACCCUCUGAAAGACUCACAGCCACUGAGCUGCUGGCUCAUCCAUGGUUCCACCAGGCACCGUCAUCGCAGGAAGUGACACCAGGUGAACAGGAAGUCAGCUCAGCAGAACAAAUGGUGCCAUCCUUUGACGUGGAAGAGGAUGAUAACCUGUUUUGUUGACCGAUUUGUUUCAGCUUGGUCAGGCUGAGGGACCAAACAGACCUUUUUAACAUGGAUCCAUUAUUUUUUGUUUUUACCCUGGCACUUUUGUCUACAGUUAUGUGUGUGUGUGUAUAUACACCCUUAAGCUUUCUACAAAAAACUUACUGUACUGUAUUUUGUCGUAGUAUUUGUGUUACCUGCUAAGGGCAUUGUUCACGUUGAUCACUCAUUCUGUUCCUGUAUGUGUGUUUUUUUUAAACUAUUUGGUGCUAAAUGAAAAUGUGAGGAUUUUAAAUAUUUUCUGUGGACUAAAAUGGGUGAGUCAUGAAGAUUUCACCCAAGGCUAAUCGAGGUCACCAAUGGACUCAUAAGACUGCAGAAAGUAUCAGAUGAAUUCUGAAGGCAAGGCGGUCAGAUCAGGAUGUUGUUCCUCACACUCUGACCAGGCCUGAGGCUCUGCAGGCUGACUCACCCACCAGUCCGAGAAAGGCAGGAGCACGGCCUCGACGUCUCACAGCAGGCAGUGACACGAAGUGAGAAAAGAAGCCUUAGCGCAGGACUCACGUGUCACACUCAGCGAGACUCUACCAGAAGUGUCUGACUGCCAAUCUGGCAACCCCAUAGCAAACAGAGAGCGUUUUACAAAUCUCACACCAGACACAGAAGUUAGACAGGGCGUUACUGCCACAGUGACAUUAUCACACAUACAUUCGACUAGGCCAACGGUUAGACAAAACCAGAGGGCCUGAAUCAUGCUGAACGAUUAAACGUAACGGUUGCUUCCAGACAAAAAGCGUUUAUUCACAGCGAAGAGAUGCUUUUUAUCAUUUUUCGCUGGCAGGCAGUGUGAUUAACUACACAGAGCUUAGCUUAACAUCAGGGUUAAAAAUAAAUAGUGGAGCAGCUAUGUUGUAAAAAGACAAUUUGACAAUAAACCAGUGGUUCCCAAAGUGGGGGGCACAAAGCUAUUGCAAGCAAUAGAGAGCAAGAACAUUAAUAUCAAUUUAAAAUGUUUUUUGUUUCCUAUAGUCAUGAAUUGGGAAAUCACACCGAUUUCUAAUCUCUCCUUGUGAAUUUAGCAUAGCAUUUUUAUUGGAAUUACACUGUUUUAGAGGUUUUUAGGCAACAAAAGCUGCGAUGUUUAACGCAGGGACAAUAGUUCCAUUUACAAAGGGGAGACACUGCAGGAAGUUAUGGAACCACUGCAUUACAGAAGUGAAAAUACAGAUAAAAAACAUGAAAUAGACUUUGUUUAUAUAAUUUGGGUCUGUCCUGUUGUAAAAGUGUUCAUCUGUGUUGCGUUAACAAAGCCUGGCUGUGCUGAGCCUAUCACUGUGUUUCAUAAAUGGAGUAGCUCUGAAUCAGUCAGAGUCAGGCGGUGUUUGAUGUCGGUUGUCUGAUGAUGACUCAACACUCGAGCGUGUCUGCAGAGAAUGGUUCUGACCUCGGCAGGAAGAAUCUGUUCCGACUCUUUCACCUCUUUAAUGGUACUGUUUUCACCCCUCUGUUCCCUUUUUGUUCCUAUUUUUUCCCUUCAGCUGAAAGCUAUGGAUCCCUGGAGACUAUAAUCACAGUUAGUGACAUGUGUUUCAGUGACAUUGAGCCACUUGGGCUACUGUACGUAGGUUCUCCUAUUUGUUUUAAUCUGGUAGAGUCAGUUUGACAACGGUACUACAUCUGGUGCAUCUGCACUGUGUAUUUAAUGUGUUGUUCAAGUGGUAGACGUUAUGACAGUUUCUCUUCUUCCCACAGAAAUGUAAUUUAAGAGCUUCAGGAGUUUUCUUUAGCUCACACACACAGAGUGACAUGACGCGGGUGCACAAAUUUGAUAUUGCACUGUGAAGUAUAUAUUUGUGACGGAACCUAGAGGCUUUCACUGGUCCUGACAGGUAACACACAGAGAUGUAUCAACUGUAUAAAAGGCUGUAAAUAUGUACUGUAUAUUUGAAAUAUGCGUGUUAAAUAAAGUUCACAUUUUUUCAUUUUCAUACAGA